GGUUACGUGUCAAGCGGAGAUUAUGAAGGUGUCAAUCUGGUCAUCUUUUGGGUUCUGGAGUUUGCUUAUUUUAUGUAGUCUAUGUAUUAUUACAAAUGCAAAUAUUAACCAGAAUGAGGAGGACGAUGUUAAUCCAUUAGACGUGAUCAACUACGACCCAGUGACAAAACGCAUGAGAAAACCUGCAAUGACCAUGUCACAACAGUGUCCUGAUGUGUCUGAGUGCACCAGUAAUCUAGUAAGCUUGCAGAAAGCGUUUGAUGAACAGAAAAAGAAGGGCACCACCACCUCUAUAAAGCCAAUAUUCAAGCGAUUCCUUUCCAGGUUCCUUAAAGACAUUUCAAAAGUUGGCCUGCCUGAUGAUGCACAGACAUCAAUGCAUUAUGAUGCUGAGGUGAAGCUGACCAAGCAAUCGCUGGUGGAGAUCCAGAAGUUUUUGAAUGAAGAGAACAACUGGACUACUGGAACCAUGGAUGAGGCUCUCAGUGAAAUUCUGGUCAGAAUCAAACUCCACGAUUACAAAGUCUGGAGGUGGCGUUUCGAAGACACAUUUUAUGUAGAUACUGAUACCGCCCUGAAGGUUUCUUUGAUUGUUCUGAUUGUCGUAGUCAUAAUCUGCACUGAGCUUUGGUCUGUGGUCUUCUGGUUUGUCCAGUUUUGGAGAAUGUUUGCUGUUUGUUUCUUUAUUAGCUUGAUCUGGAACUGGUUCCAUUUUUAUAUGGUUGCCUAUGCAGAACACAAGAAGAACAUUGUGGAGGUGGAGAGCUUCAAUGCCAAAUGCACUGGUCUAAAACAACUGGACUGGAUGGACAGUUUGGCAGAGCGGUACAGGCGCACAUGGACUCUUCAAGAUGACCCUUGCAAAAAGUAUUAUGAGGUCCUGUUGGUGAACCCUAUUUUGCUAGUGCCUCCAACAAAGGCUAUCACGGUCACCAUAACCAGUUUUAUCACGGAUCCCAUGAAGCAAAUUGGGCAGGGCAUCAAUGAGUUCCUCAGAGCCCUGCUGAAGGAUCUACCAGUCAUUCUCCAAUUACCUGUGCUGCUUAUCUUUGCACUCGCAAUCUUUGUGUUCAUGUUUGGAGCUGCUCAAGCAUCUAUACAUCAAGCAUUUCGCUUGCCUUGGCCUUGGCGACGGGACCCACCGCCUCCUGCUGUAGGACAGCAUCAAGCUCAUCAGCUAAGGGAGUAUGAGGAAACUUGGGAAGGUGGUGAUGCUCCACAGUCGUUACAGCACAACAGAAGCAGAGGAAAUCAAGCAAGAAACCAAGGUGACCAGGGCUUCGGGGCAAGAUAUGCUAAUGUUCCACGAUACAGACAGGAGGACAGAAACAUGUAUCUCCGAGAGGACUUUUCCAGCAUUCCCAAAGGGCGCCAGAGGGUAGAGACUCUGCAUGCUACAGGUAACAUGUCCAGAUAUGAUGAGACUGAUUUUCAGAAGUGGACAGAAAGGGUGAUUCCUUGUACAACGGAAAAUGCAGAGCCUGAAGUGAAAGCUGAGGAAAUGGAGAUAAAUGUAUCUGUGGACAAAAAGGAGCAGAAGGACACACAGAAGUCCAGUCCAAACAUAAGUGAGGCUGAAACCAAUUUGCCUUCAUUUCAAACUUGCAGCUAAUCAAGGGAAUGAGGGGGCAUCAACAGAAGUUUUGGGAUCUAGUCCAAGAAUAAGGGCAAUAUAUAUAUAUGGUUGGAAAAGCUGUUUUUCUUCUCUUUCUCUUCCCUGAAAUUGUAAUAUAUAUUUCCUAUAAUUUCCUUAGUUUCAUUUA